AUGGAGCCAGUAUCAUCACCCUCAUUAAAUGGCUCAAACCUUCAAACUUCCACUGGGCCUGGUCGUGUUAUCAGAUCAUACCUUUGCAAAAAGGGUCAUGUUGUCAAGAACUGGAAGUUAAGAUUGUUUGUGCUAAAGGUUGGAUCAAACUACUGUGAAUACUUUGUGGAUGAAACAAAAGAACAACAACAUCAACCUCAGGGAAGGAUACCUCUAUUCAAUGCAAAGGUGGAGGAGUACAUUCACAACAAGAGUCACAAUGCCAGAGAGUUUUGUUUCAUUGUAGAGACGACAGAGGGCAAGUCUUGGAUCAUAUCGGCCAGUACAAAGGCACAGCAGAUAAUGUGGAUAGAGGCCAUUCGUGAGGCUGCUAGCUUUGCACAUGAGAGCGACGAGUCAAGACUGCAGAAGCACAAGCAGAUCGAGAAGAUGCUAAAGACGGACUCAAAGGUUCAAAACAAGACGACAAUCAUCAAGCUCCUACUAUUGGGCACGGGCGAGUCUGGCAAGAGUACCAUUGUGAAGCAGAUGAAGAUCCUACACUCAAAGGGUUUCUCACCUGAUGAGAAGGACUUUUACAGACAGUUGGUGCAACGCAAUCUAAUAGAUGGUGUUGCAAUAUUGGUGCGAGUCAUCACCGAGCAUAACAUCGAGGUGUCACCAGAGACGAGGAUGGCCAUCGAACACUUUAUGACUUGGCAUAAGGUCUAUGAACAACAGAGACCAACUGUCCUUCGCUUCAAUGGUAUUACUUCUCCUACAGGUAGCCAAUCACCUGCUGACGCAAACACUCCACCAUCAACACCAUCAACUCCCAACACCAACACCACUACUAGUUCAGAACUGAGUACAUCAAUGUCAGAGCUUGAUAUUAGCAAUACGCCAUCGGCCGACAACAACACCAGCACAGCCACCACAAGCAGCGGCAACAAUCAACAAACCGAUAGAAAGAACAAAUCACACAGCAGAAACAAUAGCGAAUCAAAGAGCAUCUAUAACAUCGAAGAGAAUGGUAUUCCUCCCAUCAUCUCCAACUACAUCACAACAUUGUGGUCCGACUCCGUCGUACAAUCCGAUGUACUCAUCAAGGCCCAACAAUACCACAUCAAUGAGAGUACUCAAUUUUACUUGAAUGAAAUCAAGAGGAUCACCAAGCCAAGCUAUGUGCCAUCCAGUCUGGACAUUCUUAAAUCAAGGAGCACCACCAAUGGAGUGGUGGAGACAGACUUUAAGGUACUGGAGGUAUUGUUUAGGAUUGUCGAUGUCGGUGGACAGAGAGGCGAGCGAAAGAAGUGGAUCUCCUUCUUUGAUGACGUAACGGCCAUUAUCUAUGUGUCUGCCAUCAAUGAGUACGACCAGGUAUUGGUAGAGGACAACUCCACCAAUCGUCUACAAGAGUCACUGACGUUGUUUGAUCAAGUGUGCAAUGACCCAACCUAUCCAAACACAUCAAUCAUCCUCUUCCUCAACAAGAUUGAUAUCUUUAGAGAGAAGCUCAAGAGAACUCCAUUGCAAAUCUGCUUCCCUGAUUACAAAGAUGAUCAUUCCUAUGAUAAGGCCUCCAACUACAUCAAGAAUCAGUUCUUGAGCAAAAAAAGAGUCAACGAUCGCUCCAAGUAUAUAUACUACCACUUCACCUGUGCAACAGAUACCAAGUCCUUUGAGAACGUAUUUAACUCUGUACAAGACAUUAUACUCUCCAGGACAUUAGAAUUGGCUGUCUAG